AUGGCGCGAAAGUCGGUCGGAUCGACCAGCGUGAAGCGCGACCGCUCUGCUUCCUCCGACCUCUCGGACGCACCCAAGGUAAAGGCCGAGAAGCCCAAAAAGGCAAAAGCAAAGGCCAAGGCGAAGGCAAAGCCAAAAGCGAAGGACGAGGAAGGGGCAGAAGCAAAGCCAAAGAAGGUGCCCAAGGCGAAGAUGUUCCCUCCGCCGGGUCUUGAGCCAUCAUCACAUCCGGAGCGGCAAGGUCAUCCGGUCUUCCAGCUCGCUCCUCUCAGUGUCCCACCAAACGGCGGAGUCGGAGACGCUGGUCUCAACACCCAGCGACCAAUGCUGCUCGGUGCCCACGUAUCGAUGGCGGGCGGACCAGCCGCGGCGCUGCUGAGAGCUGGGAAGGCGGGAGCAAACGGGCUGGCCCUCUUCUUGAAGAGCCAGCGGACUUGGAAGAGCAGUCCGUAUGAGCCAGAGGCAGUAGAGCGGUUCAGGGAUCUGAUGAAACCUGUUGAUCAAGGCGGCAAGUCCUGUCUAGCUCAGAGCCAUUUCGACCUGACUGACAUGUCAGGUAUGGGUUAUGGGCCAGAGUCCAUUUUAGUACAUGGUAGCUACUUGAUAAAUCUUGGGUCAAGCAGGGUCAAGUGGGACCAGGCCUAUGAGUGCUUCAAGGACGACAUCUACCGCUGUCAUCAAUUGGGCUUGAAGUUGUACAAUUGGCACCCAGGAUCAACUGUCGGUGCCUGCACGAAAGAAGAGAGCUACGGGACAAUAGCGAAAGCCAUCAACAAGGUGCACAAGGACGUGCCGGAGGUGGUCUGCGUCAUUGAGAACAUGGCGAAUGCUGGGUCAAAUAUAGUGGGAACCACAUUCCAUGAUCUCGCCUCGAUCAUCGCGCUCGUCGAGGACAAGUCACGCGUCCGAGUCUGCCUCGACACCUGUCACCUCUUCGCAGCGGGCUACGACAUUCGGACACCCGAGAGCUACGCCAACGUUAUGAAGGAGUUUGACGAGAAGGUGGGGAAUGGGUAUCUUGCGGGAAUCCAUCUGAACGAUUCCAAGAUGGGUUUGGGGGAGAAGAAGGAUUUACACGAGAACAUCGGACUCGGUAAAAUCGGCCUGUCAGGCUUCAGACAACUCAUGCGCGACCCAGUCAUGUCUGGGAUACCGCUCAUCCUCGAAACUCCUGCCGCCGAAAACCCGCUCGAAGUUGGGGAGCUGGCAAUCUGGGUCAAGGAGAUCGGCCUACUCUACCGGAUCCAGGCGAUACCAGAUGAUGAGUGGGCGGAGCAGGAAGAAGGGAUCAGAGAAGAGUGGCGGAAAGUCCGUGACGUGAUGAACCCGCCCAAGGAGAAGAAGCCGGCGGCGAAGAAGGGUAAAAAGGGAAAGAAGGGAGAUGAAGACGAGGACGAGGAUGACGAAUGA